AACCCUUGUUUGUUUACAAAAAAAAAAGUAAAAAGGGAGGCCAAAAAUAUAGAGGGAGGAAAUACCAACACAUGCUUGAAACUGAAUUUUGGUGGUUGGGCAGGUAACUAAAGGGAAGAGAAAAAAGUGGGACAGUGUACUCAACCCUCUUCCAGACUCUUGGACUGUUGUGUCUUCUAGGUGUCAGCUGCUUCUGUAUCUGUACUGGACAAACUUUUGAGGUCCAUGAAGACUUUUGGCAUGCAUUGAAACAAGGGCUUUCAUCAGAAGAUCUAGGAGUGCAGUCCCACAAGUUUGGCAGCUGUGAGAGUAAUCAGAAGGGCAUGGUUUUGUACCUGACCCAGAUCAGAGGAGGAAUGUAAACCCUAUCCCAAAGCUCAUUGGUAUGGGACUCUCUACUCAUUGGUGGAAAUGAAAGCCCUAACCUCCAUGAGGGGCAAGGUGGAAUUGCCAAGAACUGGAGAGCAGGAAAGUUUCAGUUUUCUUCAGUCUUCAUUGGAACUCUUCAAAUUCCAAGUUGUAUAAGGUGCUUCUGCCUUCCAGCUUCAAGAAGGAAGAUGGAGGAGACCAAUUCUACUUCAGAUUGCUAAAAGAAGACUCUGGGGUGAUGUGAGAGAAGGUGUCAGUCUCCAUUAUGUCCCUAUCUUCAGCUUGUUACACUAAAGAUUUCAGGAAAUUUCCCAUUGGAACUAGGUCUGCUCUUCAGGAUUGAUGCAUCCUUAACCACGGUCCUAAAGUAGAAGUGGAUCUGGAAUUUUGAAUCUUAGAAACAUCUGAAAUACAAGUAUUUCCUGUUAUUCCUGAAGUUCUAACUGAAAACUCUCAGGAAGUGAAUGGGGAAAAAGAAAAGGCUUUUACCAAAAGUUGAGGUCCUGUCUCGUGCAAGAGACUUUAAUCCAAAAGUCCAGUCAAAGUCACCAUCUUCCCAUCAUCAGAUUUCAUCAUUAUUGAAAGAUCAUCACUGGUCCAGAGUUGAGCAGAUGCCCCACUUUAAUCAAGCCAGAAUCCCAUCCUGUCUAGAUCAAAGAAGCACAUUUGCACCAUCACAAUCCAGGAAAACAACUAGGCAGCUACCUGGCCUUAACAACCAGAAAAUGACUAUGCUAAUAACCUAUCCUGACAGUCUUAAGGUGUCUAAAGUAUUCAUACCUCAGAAGCGCCAUUUGCCCACAAUAUACCAUGAGCAUGAGGCUAAGGGAAUCCCUUUGUCUUUGCCAUCCUUAGAACAAAGUGGAGCACCUUUACUCAGUCUUAACCAUGGGGAUCAGAGCCAAAACCAUGGGGAUUCCUGGACAAAAAAGUCUUUUGAGACUAACAAGUUUCCUAAGGUUGAACAGGACCAGUCAUACUUCAACCUAUAUCCCACACCCACACCCACACCAAUUAAUGAAAACUGGUUUGAAGCUCCAUUUGAUCCUUACUCCCAGGUUAAUGAACCAUUAAUAUGCCAUGGUCACCAGGAUGAAGCUUUGCUGAGUCACAAACUCCAAGUGUGGGAUAUACUCAACCUGAACCACUCAAACAAGGCCACAUUAACACCAUUGCCAUGUCUUGACUAUGGGGAUAAGGUUAAAUCUGUGACAACCUCAGACCUGAACCAACAGGUCAAGACUUCAGAUUUGAACUCAUCAUAUUCUCAGCUCUACUCCAAAACCAUUGCUGUGCUUUCAUCGCAAACCAAUCUCUAUGGCAAAACCACAGAGCCAUGUUCACGAUGCUCUUUCCGCCUCAAUUCUUCUCCAGAAAAAGAGUCAGCGUUGCAUGGUCAUCAGGUCCCCAACACUUUCCCAGGAAAAAAGAGAUACCGUCACUAGACCUUGAAGUCCAGAUCAAAGCCACAGAUCAUUCCCCAUGCCAUGGCCAUUGUGGUAAGCCUCCUUUCAUGUCUUGUUCACAUGAUAAAACUUCCACUAAGACCUGAUAAGUGGAAGGAUGUGUUUGGACCAUUAUCAUCAUCUCACCUCCAUGAUGUACCUUCACCAGACACCAACCAAUAGGAUGAGGCUGAGGUUUCUCCAGAUCUCAAGCAUCAUAUUAUGGCAGAGGGCACAUCUCAACUGGUAGUUUCACCGAGAUCAAGCCAACCGUUGUUAAGACGGCCACAUUGACCAAUUUUCAACCCAUAAACAUUUAUUAAACUAUUUGUUGGGCAUUAUGCUGAGUACUGGGGAUACAAAGGGAGAUAAAAAAAAUUAGUCCCCUCAGAGAUGUCACAAUCUAAUAGGGGAUGCAAGAAGCAAAGUAAAUGUUAC